AAUCUGAACACAGAGGUCUGAACCAGUUGCCGUUGGAAAAAAGAAAUUCAAAAGUGAAUCUAGUUGUAGCAUGAUUUAGUUGUGCAAAAUGCGACUUACUAUUCUGUUUUUGUUGAUAAUGUUCUCCGUGUCUCGUAUAGGGGCAUGGCAUCAAUGGUAUCCACAAAACUCCUCGUUCAUUCAAGGAACUCCCAUUGCAUCAUCAAUAUCUAUCUGUCGGCAUUGGCAGUUCAGAUGUGAUAAUGGUUACCAAUGUGUUGAUCGAUAUUAUCUUUGUAAUGGUCGGAGAGAAUGCUCUGAUGGAAGUGAUGAAUGGUCGUGGAACUGUGUGAGCGAAACCAGUACACUAAUUCAACCCUCGUCAACAGCAUCACAAACUGUUUGUCGGUAUUGGCAGUUCAGAUGUAAUAAUGGUUACCAAUGUAUUGAUCGAUAUUAUCUUUGUAAUGGUCGGAGAGAAUGCUCUGAUGGAAGUGAUGAAUGGUCGUGGAACUGUGUGACCCAAACCAGUACACUAAUUCAACCCUCGUCAACAGUGAGAGAAAACAGCACGCUAAUUCAACCCUCGUCAACAGCAUCACAAACUAUAUGUCGGUAUUGGGAGUUCAGAUGUAAUAAUGGUUACCAAUGUAUUCAUCGAUAUUAUCUUUGUAAUGGUUGGAGAGAAUGCUCUGAUGGUAGCGAUGAAUGGUCGUGGAACUGUGGACCAUCAAGCUCUAUAAAUCCAACUCCGACUUCAAGCAUUGAAGCUAAAUCGAGUGCAUAUGGUUCCUUUAAAGACAUUCGAAUUGUAGGUUCAAUCAAUGAUGGACGAGUGGAGGUUUAUUAUAACGGCAGAUGGGGAACAGUUUGUGAUGAUAGUUGGGACAUGAACGAUGCUCGUGUUGUCUGCAGACAGCUUGGUUUUCAAGAUGCAGAAGCUGCUUAUCAGGGUGGAAAUGUUCGCGAUGGAACUGGACAGAUUUGGCUUGAUCAAGUUAAUUGUAGAGGUUCUGAGUCAUCGCUAUUUUUAUGCAGACAUCCAGGAUGGGGGAUUCACGACUGUAGCCACAGUGAAGACGCUGGUGUUCGAUGUAAAGUCAAUGGAGGACCAUCAAGCUCUAUAGACCCAACUCCGACUUCAAGCAUAAUUGAAGCUAAAUCGAGUGCAUAUGGUUCCUUUAAAGGUAAAAACUAA